GUGUACAAACGAGUAUCACGUGAGUCGUUUCUCCGAAAAGAAAUAAAUGCACAACGCGCAUUAUUGCAUUUAAAGAAUUAUACUACAUUUAAAAUAUGGCGAAAAGUAGAACAGAAAGAAUUGGAACAAUUUUCUCAAGAGUAACAUCAUUGAUACGUGCAAAUGCAUUGGCCCUACAAAAUGUACCGAUAUGGUACGAUGUAUAUAAAGCAUUCCCUCCAAAAUAUGAACCUCGAUUUAAUAGAAUAGUAUCAAACAAAGAAAUACAAGAUAUUUUUUAUGAUGAAGAUUGUAUAAGAGCAAAAUUUCAAGAAGAUGUUAAAAUACCUGCAGUAAAUCUGAAAAAUAAUAAAGCUUCCCGAACUGAAAUAUUUCUGGCUCUGUAUAAUUCUCUAUUAUCGGUUAAUAACAAUAACAAAGAAAAAGCAUAUAUGAACGCAUUAGAAAAAUAUAAUGAAAUGUUUUUAUCAGAAUCAAAGCCAGCAAAGAAUAUGAAAAUAGAUAGGUAAGGGUAUGACAAUGGCAGAUAAAAUCCAACAUUAGAAAAACCAA